UAUAAUAUUAUAUGAUCAAAGUUGGUUGAGAAUUGGCGAGGAUAUUUAUCGCUUCGCCGCUUAAAAAGAAACUGGAUACCGCGUCGCUUUUCCUUGACGACUUCCUGUAAUCAUAGAGUAAAAAAUAUUAUAUUAUUUUUAUCUAUGCUUUGAAUAUUAAACAUGACAACGUGUAAUUACUUCCUAAGUUCACAAAUAAGAAUUCGAGGUGGAAAAAAAAUUUAUGUAAUGAACAUAAUAAGUUAUAAAAAGUUCGACUACGAAAAUAGUGCUUAAAAAAAGAAAUUAUAAGGCUUCUAUUUUUUUUCUGUAGCUACAGAGCCCAAUAUAAGAUCCGUGAUAGUUGACUAAUAGGUGCUUAUAAAGUACUUCUGGGUUCCGUAUUAAAAUAGUUUAAGAGAACAUUUAUUGUGUUGGUGCGAUCAUCAGUCAGACUCCGUCCGUCCGUGCACCCGUUUGUCACAGCGCUAUAUCUCGGCUACUACUAAUAUAAUUUAUUUAAAAUUUGGAAUAGUCUUAGACAAGGCACUCUCUUCUGAGAGGUUUUAGAUAUUAUUGGUUCCCAAAUUCCAAUGCAAAUAAAUAUUUAAACAUUAUUUUUAUUAGUUUUUGUUAGAUAGCCCAAAUACACAUUCCAAAACUAUUUCUUUAAAUGCAUUGCAGUCUUUGUCUUAUCAUAGAAAAUAUAAAAAAAUGAAAUUCUCCUUCUUUAUUUUAAAAAUCUUAAACGAUUACAAUUUCGAAAUACCAUAGAUUUAGAAAAAAUAUUAAAAAAAUAUAACCUUAACAAACUUAACAUUGAUAAUUAUUAUUAGAUGUCUAUAUCAUAUAAAAAUUAUCUUAUAUCUACAUGUCCAAAAGAUUAUUCUACGUACGGAACCUUUGACGUGUGAGUUCAAUUCACAUUGAACCGGUUUUUUACUAUCGUUACUAGGCAGUCGGUCGGGUUCAGCGAUCGGCCGGUUAACUCUGCGCCGAGUGCUUUAACCAACACGGAGUUAUAAAUACGUGUGUACCGUUGAGUUAGUGAACUGACCGCCUCAAAUGCAUAAAUACGUGUUCCUGAUUUUUAUUUUAAAUACCUUACAAAAUGUGUUUACUUUUAAUAUUCUUUGUAUCAUAUCAGCGCCUUUAAGAAGCCACUAUAUGGCGUUCCAACCACUGUUUCGGGAACUCUCCAAGAGAGGACACAAUGUGACAAUAAUGAAUCACUUCCCCGAUAAAGAACCCUUGACUAAUUUAAAGUUUAUUAACCUACAAGAUGGUGAGAUAAACGUUCAUUUUAAUAGUAUGGAGUACUAUGAAAAUUCUUAUACAUCUUUCAUACAUAUUAUAAAUUUCUUGAGGCACGUUACUAUUCCAACGAAUGGACCUGUAGAGGAGGAAUGCAAAAAUCUCUUUAACCAUAAAAAUAUGAUAGCGCAUCGCGCAGAAGGCGUUAAAUACGAUCUAAUAUUUGUGGAACAGUUUCUUAGUGACUGCGCUUUGUUAUACGCCGGUGUAAUGUAUGACUCUCCCAUUAUUGGUAUUACUUCUCACGUUCUUCUGCCGUGGGCUUACAAUAGACUGGGUAUUCCGUUUGAUAUUGCUUCAGACUCGUUUUACUUCUCACCAUCAGGUCCUAACCCGUCUCUCUUAGCUAAAGUGCAAUCAACUUUGGGACUUUUAUAUUUGAACAAUUACGGUCGUUGGCAAAUACACAAGUGUAUAUACAAAGUGUUUUCUGAAUAUUAUUCAGAGAAUUUAUUAGAUAUAGAAUAUGUGGCGAAGGAAAGAAUGAAGAUGGUGUUUUCAUACCAACAUUUCUCUGUAACCGGAGCUCGUCUUUUGGCGCCUCAAGUCUUAGAAAUAGGAGGAGUACACAUUGGUCAAGCAAAACCAGUUCCAAAGGAUUUAGAAGAAUUUUUAUCAAAUGCUGAGCACGGUGUUAUAUACUUCAGUUUCGGGUCUAACCUUAAAGUGAGCACCAUGUCAGAGCAGAAGUUGCAACAGUUCUUACAAGCAUUUAAAAGGAUACCGCAGAAAAUACUCUGGAAAUGGGAAGACAACAGGUUUCCAAAGGGUUACGACAAUGUGUAUACCCGAAAAUGGUUCCCACAAUUGGAUGUUUUGUGUCAUCCAAAAGUUGUCGCCUUUAUCUCUCACGGCGGAAUGCUGAGUCUAUCAGAGGCUGCUCAUUGUGGGAAGCCGAUGCUGGCCGUUCCCUUCUUCGGAGAUCAGUUUACUAACGCUGCUGCAAUCACACAUAUUGGACUGGGCAAAACGAUACUGUUUGAACGCAUUAACACUGAAAACUUGGUUGCAGCUCUAAAGGAAUUAACUGCUCCCGAGAUGCAAGAAAAUGCACGAAAUAUAUCAAAACGGUGGCACGAUCGGCCGCAAAGCGUUAUGGACAGCGCCAUCUACUGGACAGAGUAUGUAGCUCGCCACCGCACCGGACCACCUUCAUUACCAUCAAAACAAAAUACAUGGUUCGAGAGUACGUUGAUAGAUGUCUAUUGUGUACUUAUGUUAUUAUUUUUAGUAAUUAUUUGGCUGUGUUACAGUAUUGUUAGAAUAAUAAAAAUGUUUAUAAUAAAAUUAUUAAGUUUAAUAUUUGUUAGAAAAUUUAAAAUACAAUAAACAAUUGAUAAAG